GACAUAAAAAAGAUGGUUGAUAGUGGCAAGAUCUUCAAUGAACUGUCCUGGUCUGUCAAACUGCUGCUAUUCAAGAAAAGCUUGAACACCAGUGCCAUGCCAGGACCUACUACUGACCCUAUAAAAAUCCCUGUGAGAGAAGGAGAAGUUGAGCGAAGAAUACCAGGUAUCGAGCUCCUUGUAGCUGAAAGACGACAGGUGGAGACAACAGCUGCUUCAAACGCGGAAGAUGACAACAGUAUGAGACUUAAACUCUUUAGGUUAAUGUAUGAAACUAUUCGAGACAGCGACUUGAAAUGCAAACGAGCAGAACUCAUAAGAACUCAUUAUGUAAACUCCUCAGUCUUCGAAAUAGGAUAUCUAAUGGGUGAUGUUAUGGAUAAAUUCAAUAUAAUGUCUGAUAUUUCUAUGACUCUAAAUCGUUUGUAUCAUGAGUGGAAGCCGAUUGAGCAUAUAAACGCGUAUGAGCAGAUUUCUAAUCAGGCAAUUGAGAUUAAUCAUCUGAUUGACCUAAUGCGCGGGAUAAGUAGAAAAAAUGAGACCGUCAACCCAGUGUCUACCAACCACAAAUACACUCCUGACAGUAGAGGCACGCCAGACCCGAAGCUUGUAGCUGGACUAAUAAAAUCACUAUUACCAGACGCCAAUGACAGAAGUACUAGAAUGCAAAAACAAUUUGAUAUGCCCAAGUAUCUUCUGGCUAAGUUGACUUCUUCUACCACUAAGAAGAUAAGAAAACCCUGGCCGCUGGAGUAUGGAUGGGAAAUCAGACAUGAUUGGUAG